AUGAUCCCGAACACGGUACCUGAUGUGCCGUGUAUGUCAUGUACCUGCAACCAGACGAGCAAAACGAGGCCUGAAUCUGACCGAAUGUCAUGUGGAUGUUUGCUGUAUCUGGCUGAAAGGCCAGCAGGCAGAGCUGACCUCACAUUUCCUGUUUCCUUCGGUCCUGGUUGGUUCUGGUCCGUCCUGCAUUCUGGAUGCUCCUCCACUUUCACCUCACUUACAGAAAUGGCGGGUCGGUUCUGCUUCACCUCCGUUUUUCUGCUGCUCUGCAUGUUGCAGCUUUCUGCCUCCAGUCUAAGUAAAGUCGUGGUCCAGACGGACAAACCCACAGGAAUCUUCCUGCUGCCUGACGGAGGAAGUUACACUUUGAACUUCACUGAAGCACAAGUGGCGUGUUCGUUUCUGGAGGUCACCAUCGCAACCACAGCUCAGAUGGAGGAAGCAAUGCGGCUCGGACUGGAGACAUGCAAGUAUGGCUGGGUGGCUGAGAAGACGGCGGUUAUCCCACGGAUAAAAUCUGACAACCACUGUGGGAAAGGGAAGACGGGGCUGGUCCGGUGGAGCACACCGCCUGACAGGAAAUUUGCAGCAUACUGCUUCAACGCUUCAGCACUUAUGGAUCAGAACCAAACUCUGGACCCGUCCACAGCCGGCCCACAGUCUCCCAGCUCCUCCACCUUACCGGAAGCUCUGGGCCCAGCCUCAUCAUCUGAUGCUCCUACCCCCAGAUCAUCCACCCAGACUCCACCUGCACAGGGAAAGACAUCGACACCUCGGCCCACCGAGCGGGCGCCUUCAGCCACAGCCUCCAUUACCAAGACAACAGACUUGUCUUCGUCUUCCUCCCCUGUCAAACUCCUGUCCUCACAUGGUCCCGCUUCUCCUCAUCGCCUCAUCACCUCCACGCCCGCUGGCGUCACUUUCAGCCUCCCAACCUCCACUCAGUCCCCAAGUUCCUUCGUUUCCUCUGAGCCGGAGCUGGAACCAUCCGUUGGCUCAACACGCCCCCUGCUGGACGCUGCUCACAUCAGCCUCGUCAGUCUCAGCAUCGUUCUCCUGCUUCUCAGUGCAGCGACGGCUUGGUGGUGUUACAAAUCGAAUGUCGUCCGCUGGUGUGUCCGACGCCACAAGGACGACAUAGAGACAGAGAUGUGGAGGAACUCCUACAGUGAGAUGGACCUACACAGUGAAGACGGAGCAGCAGAAUACGACGAAGAACUGAGCACAAAGUACUCCGCUGACGUCACACUGUGUGUGAAUACAGGGAUGGAAACAAACUCUGCAGAGUAGCAGACGUUUCUGCUGCCUGGUUUAGUUUCUCUCAUAGGCCUGGAUGAGGCGCAACAGACUGAACCCAUCUGGAAAUCAACAGGGAAAGAAGUCGAACCAGCCAUCACCUCCAUGAGCCAAUAUUUCAAAAAUAUUUGAAAACAUCAAGUAUUUUAGAUGUUUUCUAAUGACAUUGGGUGUUUUCUAGUAGACAAUAUGUUGGAAUGGAAAACCAGCAGUAAUAGUAACACCAAGGUUUUUCAUGUUCCUUAUUCAGCAUUUGGUCGUCAUGUCAACACCAUUGUUCUUUUAACAUGCUGUAUUAUUUACCCAGAUUGUUGAUUUUUUUUUCUGGUUGUGGAUGUUUUCAGUGCACUUAACAGACUGGAGGUGAGUUGAGUUUAAGUCUGAACUUUGACUGGGCCAUCAGAAGCACUUUGUUCCAUUCAAAGUAUUCUAAUCCUUUUCUGGCUGCCUCACCAGUAUUAUAAUCAUUGUGUGCAGGACGUGGUGAAUCCUUGCACACCGAACACAGGCAGGGGUCCACACUGUUAUAUAUUAUUUUAUACAUCCAAGCUGUCAUGUGAGAAUGUUAAAAGUCCUUAAUGGAAAAACCAACAUUGCAUUUAUAUCAAUUAAGAAGUUAAGUACGCUAACAUAGCAACACUAAUGUGCUAAAAGUUAGAGCAGUGAGCACGGAAUACCACUAUAACUCAAAAAAUACAUGGAGAGCAAUAAGUAUUAGCAAGUCAUAUCAACCCAUCCAUACACUGUAUGACAACAAUACAUGUUUGAUUCUUGUUUUUGGGUGGACAAAUUGUAGAAACUCCUUUAAGAAGACAUAAAGAAAUAAUAAAAAACAUAUUUUUUGUCUACU